UCAGUCAGUAACAAUACUGCGUCAGAAAUUCUUUUCCGUUACCGGCAAGAUAAAUACACUGUAGCCGGCUGCGAUAUGGUGUUAGUGAGGGCCACAUGGAAUAAAAUGCAGACACGCAUUGGUUGUGUUUUAUAUAACCUUGCUUCCUAUUGGUUGAACCUCGUGGGUCUUAUCGGAUUACUUGACUAUGACUACGUGGCGUUGCCAUACUGCGAUGUUGGGUCUACCAAAGUUUCAGUUUUCUGUGUUACGUUGAAUUGAAUUGAAGAGAAAAAGUAAUAGCAUGCGUUUUUAUUUUCUUAUCUAUUAGCUAGAAACAAUUAUUUUUGUAAUUAUUAUAUUUAAAAAGUCAAUUUAUAAUCAUAAUAGUGGGGAUAGAAUAUGUAUUUGGCAACAUUGGGAUUACGUCAUCUGAUGCAACUUUGUUUACUUAUGUUGUUCACAUAUUUUGCAGAUUUAAUAUUAUUUCUUUAUGUUGUUUGAUAAAAGUUUUGUUUUUUUUCAAUAAUUUUAUGUAAUCUGGAAAAAAAUCUCUAUAUUUGAAGUUUGAAGAUCUAUAAUUUUUUCUUAAGGAUCCAUGAAUUUAGAAGAUGGCGCCACAUAUACAGCGGGACUACCAUAGCAUUGGAGAUCCAAGUAGAUACUCAUUGAGGACAUUCAGGCAUGGUGAAAAACAUUGUCUACAAUCUCACAAUUUUGACGUAUCGAAAGUAAAUGGAAAAGAAGAUUUUUUUCGUUGUAUGGGUCUUCAAAUGAAAAGAUAUCAGUACAAAUACAAAAUGCCAAAUAGUGAUCAUAAGAUUAAAAAAAUUAAUAUUCCUACUGGUGUAACAUUACGUGAUUGCCGUGUUAUUAUCCUGGGGGCGACAUGUGAACUAUGCGGGAAGUGUUUUAAAUGUAAAACAGAUUUGAAUAUACAUAACUCGUUAAAACAUCAAACACGUGAAAAAAUUCAUAUAGCUAUAAAAGGAACACAAUGUACUGAAAACGAUAUUGAUGUGUGGGAAGAAAUUCCAAAAUCUUUAAAUUAUACAAUUGAAUCUAGUAAAAAUUUUAUAACAAAACUUCAUAAAAAAUUACAUUUAACUUUAAAAAUAGGAAAGGAAGUUAUCUCUAAGAUAUCAGUAAAACGAAAACAUUUAAAAAGAAAGAAAAUUGACAUACAUACACAAACUGAGCUACAUUGUGAAAGUGAAUUAAUUACAGGUGAGAAUGAGUAUGAAAGUGUCGUUUCUCGUAUCGAUCCUUCUGUGUUCUGUAAUAGUCCUUGUCUGCGUUGCUCCUGUAUACACGUGGUAGAAAGUUCGAAUCGAUAUGUGGCUGGCAACAUUGUAGCAGAUGAGCAAGUAGUUUACGGAAACAAUAUAAUGCAAGAAGAAAAUCAUAUUUCGAAUAGACUAUCAUGUACAACAUGCGCAAACGAAAAGUGUAGCGUUGUUCAUGAAGACAUUUCUUCGUCACAUGUGAAAUAUGCUCAUAAUAAAACGAAAGAUGAGCUACAAAAUGAUAAUUUAUCAGAAAGUACAGAUAUUUCGUCAAAAACAAUUAGACAAACUUGUCUGCAAAAUAAAAACGAAAAUAAGAAAGAAACAGACAUUAAUGCAAAUCAGAUACAAAAAGAUUUUAUUAUAAAUGAGAUAGAAAAAUACGCGUCUGAAAACUUACAGGAUAUUUCUAAUAAAAUACAAGUAAUAGUGCCAUUAAUUAUGCCAAUAAUCGUGCCAAAUACAAAUGUUUCAAAUUCACCUAUUAAAUUAACAAUACAAUCAAUGUCAAUAGAACAAAAAGAACAACAGCAAUCAUUGCAACCAGAAGAAGGACAACAACACUAUCUUCAAGAACAGUUGCAAGAAAAACAAAAACAAUCGCAACAAUAUUCACAGCAACAACAAGAUCAACAAAUGAAACAAAAACAAAAACAAUAUUUGCAAGAACAAUUGCAAAGACAACAAAAACAAUCGCAACAAUGUUCACAACAACAACAAAAUCAGCAAAUGAAGCAAGAAUCACAGCAACAUUUGCAACAAGAUCAACAAAUGAAGCAAGAACAACAGCAACAUCUACAACAAGACCAGCAAAUGAAGCAAGAACAACAGCAACACCUCCAGAAACAAUUGCAAGAACAACAAAAUCAGCAUCAACAACUAAUACAAGAAAAACAAAUGAAGCAAGAACAACAGCAACAUCUGCAACAAAACCAGCAAAUGAAACAAGAACAACAGCAACAUCUCCAGGAACAAUUGCAAGAACAACAAACUCAGCACAAACAACUACUACAAGAAGAGCAAAUGAAACAAGAUCAGCAGCAAUAUCUACAGGAAAAACAACACCAACUUAAGAAAAUUUCUAUUCUUACCAUCAAAGACGAUGUUAAUAACGAAAUAGAAGAAGUAUUACGAAUUGUUAGAGGACGUAUCACUAAUACAGAGAUUAAUCAUGAAUCACCAACUCGAUUCGAACAAGAGAUGUUAGUACAAGACGCCAUUAGAGAUAUGAAGAGAAUGGAAGCGCAAGGCUGGCACUUGCUAGAAAAGAAAAUAAACGGAUCUAUAAUGAAAAGAAAACGAAAUAUAAAAUCUAAUAUCAAAUGUAACAAUGCAAAUGAUGAAUGUGCCAAAAGGAAGAAAAAUAUCGUAACUGAAUCAAAUACUGAAUAUAAAAAUUUAAACAAAGAAAAAUAUAUUUCAAAUGUAAAGGAACAUACGAAAAUACAAAGUAACAAUAAUAUAGUAUCAUUAUGUGCGUCGGAUAAUAUAAAAGAAAAUUUAAUGACAUGUAAUGAAAAUAUCAAUACAACAUCUGAAAUAUUACGACAAUAUAAUAUUAAUUAUUGCAAUGAUAUAUUCGAGAUAAAGAACAAUACAGAAAAUAUUCGAGAAUCUAUUAGCCGAUUUCUUGCCCCAUGUUCCGGUGGAAUGGAAAAUAGAAGUAACGUACCGGUAGUAAUAGAUCUAGUCAACGGUACCGAUGAAUAGCAAUGGAAAACGGAAAUGAUGCGUCCGGUGAAUAAUGAUAGCUUUAUAAAAAUGAUAUUGAA